UCUGCCUGCGAAAGCGACUGCAGCGCGUUUGUCAUUCGUUUAUGCAGAGAUAUAUCCCAUCUGCGCAGCUACUUCAGAGGUACUGCUCUGGAUGCUCUGCUUGCAGUGUUGCAUAAACGAACGUAAAACUGCUUCCAUUUAGGCUGGUAUAUAAGAUCCGACUAUGAAUACCGACCUUAAAACGCUUCCAUAUUGAACUUGGGCUGCGUUCCGAUUUUCAGUACUGGCAGUGAAUAGAGACCCUCAUAAUCUCACAACAUUUCAUAUAUUAAUUAAACAACAUUAAUUAUGAUUUUCUCAAGAUGUUUGGAAAUUGUUUACAGUAUUUCUUAAAUGAUUUAGAAUUGAAAAUUAUUAAUUGAAUAAUAUAAUUGAAUUAUUCUGUCAUAAUAUUUGAGACGUGUUUCACUAUUGCGUUAUUGAUGCUGUAUUAAGAGCUCUCCAUGUUAUAGAGAUGUUUAUUAUUUGUUUAUGAACAGACCGUUUACGAAAUGUUGUGAGAUUAUGAGGGUCUCUAGCAGUAAAUAACGGAACGCAGCCUUGGUUCUAUAUGAAUGGGAUCUGCCUUGAAAAUGAGUUAUUUUAUAAAAAUAAAGAACGAGAAAGGUGAAGAACAAGCUCUGCAAAUUGAUCCUACAAAAUUAUAAUUAAAAUUAAAUUAAAUAUACUAAUAUAUAAUAUACAAAAAGUUAAAGGUAGAACAUUUUCAUUUACCACUUCCUUUACAACAGACUUUGAAUAAAUUAGUUCUAAUACUGAUCCAAUAAACCUAAAUCACGAAUUUAUUUUACUUCGAAAUGUUCCAACUAAAUCAAAAAUUAUUUGGAAAAUCGGAACGCAGCCCAAGUUCAAUAUGGAAGCGUUUUAAAAUUAUAAUUAAAUUAUUUACUAUCUGACCAUAAAUCAGAAUCUAUGAACUACUAUCACUAUCGAUCAGUUCCAUUACCGUAUGAUAUGAAUAACAUUAUUCAAUAUCACGUCCAUUAUUAUUCUAAAAAUUAAAUUUUUAAAUGAAAUAUGCUUCAGAUAUUUAAAAAACAAGUAAUAACUAACCUUUAAACAAAAGGGUAAAUAUCUUAAAAAUUACUGCCGCAAAAUUGCUAAAAUUUACUUAACGAUAUGUACCAAGCCGCUUUACCGAAACGCAACCGAAAGUCCCAUUUGAAGCGCUCCAAAACACUCCGCACCAAUCCGCACACGCGCAGCCGUUCACGCAGGAGUGCGUUCGGCAAAUUAUGUCACGUGAUCAGUAGAUGAGAUACACAGUGGAUGCACUAACUACUGCGUAAACGAAUGCAGCCAUAGGCUUAAAAGAACUCUCUCAAAUUCGUGUGAUCUAGAGACCCUAGAAGAACAGACUGGGCAUCUAUCACGUAACUUUUCCCCUAGAAUGGAAAAUGAAAAAUGAAAAUUUUGCGUGAACUUUUACGUUAUGAAAUUGCUGCUGAGAUGCAAGAAAUUUUCAUUUUUCAUUUUCCAUCCUAGGGGAAAAGUUACGUGAGACUGAAGUCACAUGGCACGUAUUUUUUGCGUAACCGCGUAACCAAUCACAUUGUUUCAUUUGGAUAUCAGCUUCUGCAGGCAAAGAUUUGAUUGGUUACGCGGUUACGCGUUACGCAGAAAAUACGUGCCAUGUGACUUCAGCCUGAUAGAUGCCUGGCAUAGGUUCUAGUUGAAUAGAAAAUGGCGGACCUUGCAAUACUUCUUCAGUAGAGUCCUAAAAGUAGAGACUGUAUCACUCAUCAACUGUCAGUGAUUCUUAGUGCUAAACUUUCGAAGUUAUUAUAUUUUAAGUUUGUAAAAAUUACAUUUUAGUAAUAAAAUUGUAAGAUAAAAUGACUCGGUAUUGUUAUGUAUGCCACGUUGAACAAUCUGUGCAAAACUCACAUUUUAUUUUCCACCGUAUUCCAUCAAAUCCAGAUAGACGAAAAAAAUGGUUGGAAGUAUUAAAAAAAGAAAAGUUUAAUGGUGUUGUAUGCAGUCAGCAUUUUAAGCCUGAAGAUUAUCGGAAAUUAUGUGAUAAACAACUUUUGAAACCAGAGGCUAUUCCAAGCUUAAAUAUUCAAUUUUCUGAACAUUCUACUUCAAUGGAAUCUCACAAAGAAACACAGGAUAAUAUAAGUGAAAGUGAUAAUGUUGAGAGUGUGUUAACAAAAUCUGUAGUGUCCACUGGUUCUAUUAAAAGUUCAAAAAGAACAAACGCCUCUUGUGAUGAAUCCACUGUCUCAGCAAAGAAACGCUGCUAUGUCAACGAGUUUGGCAUUUUCAGAAGAGCAGAUUUUAUAGACGAAAAUAAAUGGAAUCGAUUUUUAACUGCAUGCCAAGAAUUAAAAAAAGAUAAAUUACUGUUGCAACGUAAAAAUAAGCGUCUCCUUAAAAAAGUUCAAAUGUACAAAGAUAUCAUGAAGGAAUUGAAGGAAAAUAAGCUACUAACAUACUGUUGCAGAGAUUUUAUUAAAUGUAAGAUAAAAAAAUUAAAAUUAAGAUUUAAAUAAAUUUGUAUCUGGUACAUUGCAA